AUGGAAUAUGCAGAGAGCACACCGCGAGCGAAGAUACUGUCCGAGACCGUGAACGACGCAGAGGGCCCAACGACAACAAGAAGCGUGGGGCAGAAUGGAAAUGACGGCGCUACGGCCGGCAAGGAGACACUCGCCGGAAUGAAGCGGAAAAGGAAGCAGGAGCUGAAGGCCGAGCGAGAGAAAAAAACCCGGCUGGACUUGGACCAGUGCGAGACGCUAGCCACGUUUCGGAAGAGAAGAAAGCGCGACAAAGACCGACUGGGACUGACGAAGGUGCCGCGGAAGAAGAGCCACUUGAGGAAGCCAAAGCGGAGCGGAGGCUUUGUGAUCGAGGCAUUAAAACAGCCAGCCCAACUUAAUUUUUUCUGGUAUCAAGCUGGAGCUGCUCAUUGA